AUGGCCGACAUGGCCCCCGUCGACGAGAAACUCUCGCCCAACCAGCACGAUGACCUGCAGCAGCCGGGCAACGGCACCGAUGCCCGUGGGACCAAGCGCAACCGCAUGAGUGCCGAAGACGACGAUGAUGAUGACGACAAGCCUGGACGGGAGCGUCGUAAGAUCGAGAUCAAGUUCAUCCAGGAUAAGUCGCGUCGUCACAUUACCUUUUCCAAGCGCAAGGCUGGUAUUAUGAAGAAGGCCUAUGAGUUGUCCGUUCUCACCGGAACUCAGGUUCUCCUGCUUGUUGUUUCGGAGACUGGUCUCGUCUAUACUUUCACCACCCCUAAGCUGCAGCCCCUCGUCACCAAGCCUGAAGGCAAGAACCUCAUCCAGGCAUGUCUGAAUGCUCCUGAUCCCACUACCAAUGAAAAUGGCGUCGACGCCCCCGAUGUCCCCGCGGAGACACCCGAGGAUGUUGGCCACAACGUAAAUGCGCCGCAACAAAACAUGCCUCGCCCUGGCAUGCACCCCGGCUACAUGACGAACGAGCAGCAGCAGCAGAUGGCCUACUACCAAAACCUUCAGCAGCAACAGCAGGCUACGGGUCAAUACCCUGGCAUGCCCGUGGGCAACCGUAUGCCCCCCCAGCAUCAACCCACGGCGUAA